UAGAACAGGAAACUCCAGGAAAAGAUCACCGAGGGUAUUUCUUUUCUAUUUGCUCGUCAACUUCGAUCGAAUCAUUGGUAUCUUGGCCCUGUGCGAUCUGAAUCCUUCUUCGCACAGGGCACCAAUUGGACAUAUAUCUUUUUAUUACUCGGAUCAAAGCCAAAAUGACCAUAACAGCAGCCGAAUACUCCCUGUAUCUAUUCUUCUUUAGCUGGUGCUGGCUUUCAGUUGCUGUCAGUGCUUUCACGGAUGUGUUUGUGUUCGCAAAAGAAAGAAGAGACAUUCUGACGGCUACUGAAGAAUUCCGGUUAAACCCUUCAACAAGGGCGGCAGUGUACAGCUCAUUUUAUCUGGGUUGGUUGUUCGGGGACCCAUUCUUCGGAUGGAUAGCUGACAAAUGGGGAAGGCAUCCUUCUGUCUACAUUGCAACAGCGCUUGGCCUUAUUUUUCAAGCAUCAUGUGCGUUGGCUGUCGGUCCAUAUUCUUUGUUCUCCCUGCGCCUUUUUGCAGGAGUUUGCAUGGGCGGUGCAGAUUUGGUUGCUUAUGUACACUGUAUCGAACUUUCAGGAGUGCAACAGCGAGCAACGAGCGGAUCAGUGAUGCAGUGUUUCUUUGCCUGCGGCUUGUGCUUAGCAGCAUCUUUUGCUGUAGUAUUCCCAGAUUGGCGCCAACUGUAUUUCGUUGCAGCUCUGCCCACAGCACUUUUCAUAAUUUCAUGGUGGUGGAUUCCGGAAUCACCCAAAUGGCUAGCAAAUCAAUUGAGGAGUGGGAAACUGAAGGGCGGAGAAAAGUUGCAACAUUCUAAAGCUGAGACUGCUGAUCAGCACAGAGCUUUGCUUCAUGUUACGGAGGAAGCUGGACAAGUUGUUGGUGAUGGUGGUAGUGAGGAUGAGAAGGGACACAGAAAUCAAACAGAAAACGGGGACAAAGAGUUCACGUACAGCAUGCUUUUGAAGGAUUCGGAUACAAGUCAGCUGCUCAUGACUGUAUGUGUAGUCUGGCUUAUUGGAGGAUUUGUGUAUUAUGGAAUUACUCUGAGUGCCGGGAGCAUUUCUAAGGAGAUACACUUGAACAUGUUCCUUAUGGGCCUGGUUGAAAUUCCUGCCUACGUGCUUUCGAGGUACCUCGCGGACACAGCGGGAAGAAAAUCUUCUUAUAUCAGUCUUACGCUCUUGGCUGCAUUCUUCUGUCUGGUUUCCUGGUCGUAUCCCCGAAAAGGAGGGAGAUUACUAUUUGCGCUUGUUGGGAAGAUCUUUGCUUCUGGCGCUUUUUCAUUGGUGUGGAUGUGGUCGCCUGAGAUUUUUCCGACAGGUGCAAGGUCCUUAACGACUGCGAUUGGGAGCCAAGCAGCACGUGUUGGGUCCAUCCUCGCACCAUACGUUGUUGUUCUCAUGUCUGAAAUGGAGAGCACAGUCGACGGCUCAGGAGUGAGUCAUCCACCUCUGCCCCAACCGAUAUUUGCUGCCGUUGGCUGCAUCAGUGCGCUGGUUGCAUGCUUCCUUCCCGAAACAGUCGGGGUGGAAAUGAUAUAAACAUUCAGUCUCCAAGAAUUGGCCAGCCUUACUUGGAGUCAAACUCAACGGCGUACUCGCAGCGGGAGAUCACUUAGUUCAAUCAUUAUGUUGUCAGGAAAGGGCUUUUCGGCGGUGGCGCACAGUCGCUUCAGUG